UGGAAAUCCUGAGCCCGGCGGAACGAAGCUGUUUCCAAGGUGACGGUGUGGCGGCCUCGGUGGUGGAUUGAGCGGGUCUGAGCGAGGUUCCCAGAGGACAGCGCGUCCCCGCCCUGUCGGCGCCGUCAUGGCGGGUUUGCUGAAGAAGACCACCGGCCUUGUGGGAUUGGCUGUAUGUGAAAGUCCACACGAGAGGCUAAGAAUAUUGUACACAAAGAUUCUUGAUGUUCUUGAGCAAAUUCCUAAAAACGCAGCAUAUAGAAAGUAUACAGAACAGAUUACAAAUGAGAAGCUGAGUAUGGUUAAAGCGGAACCAGAUGUUAAGAAAUUAGAAGACCAACUUCAGGGUGGCCAACUAGAAGAGGUGAUUCUUCAGGCUGAAAAUGAACUAAGUCUGGCCAGAAAAAUGUUACAGUGGAAACCAUGGGAGCCUUUAGUGGAAGAGCCUCCUGCCAACCAGUGGAAGUGGCCAAUAUAAUCAUUGAAUGACUAGUGUGUUCAUGGGAUGUGGAUGUAAUUAAAUGUUCUGUUACAUUAAAAAUGUUUCUAUAUUAUUGACAUAAUCAAGAAAACUAAUACAGAGCAUAUUUAGGACACUUCUUAAAAUUGAUAUUACGGUAUAGGGACUUGUGAAUCCAUGUUUGAUAUGUAAAGCAUUCAUUUAAGCUAUCUUAAAGAUUUUGUUGUUGGAGUUUUUUUUGUUGUUUGUUUUUUACAGAGAGGUUGUGGAAAGAUUUGAAAGUUAAUUGGAAAAAUUCCUAUAGAUUUUCAAUGCAGAAGCCAUAACCAAAAUGUUAAGUAUUUAUAGUGGCAUCUUCAACACAUCAUUUAAUGAUUUUUAUCUUGAAAAAAAAAACAGGAAAGAUACUUUAUUAUUAUUGUUUAGACAAAUUUAAAAGUGAAGUAGUAAGAGUAAAAACCAUCAAGUUAUAGCUGUACAGUUGAGGAAAUUGAUUUGGUAUUUGGAAGAAAAAUUUCUUUCUUGAAAGAAAAAAUUUCUUAUAGUGGUAGUUGGAAAAACUUUUCCAUUUGUCUCAUUUAAAGAAGUUAGCUUUCUGUUCUUAGCCUUUAGUUUUCUUGAUCACCCAAAGUACAUCAGAUUGAGAUAGAAUUUAUGUAAAAGGAAAGACAUCAAGAGUUCCUAAAGUUUUUCAUAGGCUUAUAUUCAGAACAUCUUACUCAUACAUGGGUUGUAACUUCUAAGUGGAAUCACCAGGUAGUUUACACUAAGUUUCCAAUAUGAGUGCAGUUGGGUAUCAAACCCAAAAUAAGUGCUAAUUCAAGGAAAGAAACAAUUGGCAUAAAUUACUUUUCACGUGUCCUCACCCUUUCACCCUAGACUCUAUCAUUUCUAAAUACUUAAAUUUGGUAUUUUUUAACUUUAAAGAUAGUGCUUUUGUGUGUGUUUGUACAAAUAUGUUUUUGUGUCUUUUGCUAUUCCUUGGAGCAAAGUAGAAUCAUUCAGAAUUUUCAGAAAGAGAAAAUUGUACUUUUUUUCUGAUAUAUUUCUCCCCUUACAGAGCUGUAAAUUGAAUGGUAAAUAAAUAUUAAAUGAAGUGGAUUGAGUUACUUUUCAGCAGUCAGAAUGCAAGAGAAAGCUUCUGUGGGGGAAGUGGGAAAAGCCUUAGAGAGAGGCAGAAGUCCAGGGGUUCUCAUCCCAGGGGUCUAGUGCUAUCAAGAACUCAAGUGGAGGCAAGUUGUCAACCUGUCAGAUUGAUCUAUUUCCUUCUUUGUAAAAAAAAGUAGAACUUAUGAUUUAUAACUUCCUUUUCAGUUCUAAAUAUUUGCUUUAAAUAUAAUACAUUAUAUUUAUA